AUGUUGACUCCCGGCGUCAAUAAAAUCAAGCUUGAUUUACAUCGUUAUGGCAGCGUCCAAGUCGAGGACUCACUCAAAAUCACGGUCAACUACGUUCCUCUGCUACAACUGCCCCCGCUUCAUUUGGCGAUUCUUGUAGCCAAGGAUUCACCCCUGUUGAUUGACUGUCCUCCAGCAAAGUAUGGUGGUAUUUCAACUGCUCACAGCAGUUUGGAUGCAGCAAUCUCCAAAUUCCGCAUGACGGCAUACAUGUGGCAGGCUCUUACAGCAGAAUAUUUUCGUGGAAAGAAAACGGGGAGACGUUCGUUCCGUUUUGAUGAGGAAUGGACUGUUAACAUCACAACGCAAAUAGCCCACCAAGCAGGCCCAGAUCACUCUGCUGCUAUGGGCAUGGUCGCAAAAGUUCACAUUAUUCGAUGUGAAAAAUCAGUCGCAGAGAUCCGGGAUAUGAGUUUUGAGGCCACUCUACUGAAAUCGGGUGCUCCUUUUGAACCCAGAUCUCGUCCAGUUGUUGCAGGCUUGAUCUUCGAUGCACAUUACUCAGCAGAUCAAUCCAUUAUCCUCGGCCAUGCCGCAUUGGGCUGCCAUAAGCCUAACGGUAUCUCAUUGGGAAUCUUUGGUAGUCACUUGACCUACUCCUGGCCUCGCUUCCUUCAAGAAGUCCCUGCAUGUCUCACUGAUGAGACUUCUACCGGUAAUAUCUUGGGAAAUAAGAAUGGCGAAUGUGAUAGCAUGUGGGACACAUGUGCUUUCAGUCAAUGCACAUUCCUCCAUCAAGUCGGUCAUGCAUUUGGUGCCAGGCAUACCACUAGGAUCAUGGCCAAAGAUCACUACUCCUGGACUUGGUAUUGGACUGCGAAUUUUAUCGAGAAUAAUUUCAAUGCGGACAUGGGUCUUGAUGAGAAAUGGGAUCUACGCGACGCUUUUUGGUUCAGAUCCCUUCCACAGUUUGCACUACCUGGAGAUCUUCCCAUGACGGAGGAUUUCAAGAAUGCCGCUGUCAAAAUUGAGAUCAUCGCUCAGGAAAAACUUAGCAUUGCAGAUGUCCAAAUUCGAAAUGGCGAAAAGGAUAUAUCGGAUGUAUGGCCUGAAGAUGAUGGGGACAUGACUUCGAGAAAAGGUAUCUUAUGUAUUCACUUUGAUCAUGAAUUCAUUGACCCAAACAAGCCAUUGAAAAUCACUGCAGCGGGUAUGAAUGGAAAGGAAGAGACAGUCAUGGAUGGAUGGGCCUUGCUGAAGAAAAACUCCUAUAUCUGGAUUUUUGGGAGCAAGGUCAAACUUCGGAAGCGGAGUGUUCAAUUUGAGGGGCUUGGUGAAAAUGACAUUGAAGGCUAUGUCGUCGACUGGGCUAUGCUCCUCCGCCACCGAGGAAAGAAUGGCCAGAUUUAUCGUGCCCUUUGCAUUGACCUCCAAGUUGGGGAUACCAUGAAUGGAAUAGCUGUGCACUAUGCGGAUGGUCAUUAUGAGAACUAUAGUCCAAAAGACACUCGCCAGCCUCAUACUUUUGGACAUGCCUCACUGCACCAUGGCUACCUACCUGGCGAUGAGAACAUUAUCAAGGUUCUCAUCCGUAAGCAUGAUAGUGGAAGCUUGGCUGGGAUUCGCGUGAUCCUGAGUAAUGGAGUCCACUGGGGCUGCCUCAACAAGAAUGGCGAUCAUAAUAGUGAUGGGAAUUCUGAGACCGAGACUGCUGAGAGACAUGAGGAGCAAGAUAAACAAGGUAAAUCUGUGUUCACUCUCGAGCCAACUGAAGAUGAGGUUAUUGUUGGAUUCUACGGGCAGAGCGACGCCAAAUCAGGUUUCAUUCACCAGUUUGGAAUUCUGACUGCUCCCAAAGAUGUGGAGUUGCCAGAAAGAGUCUAUUACUUGCCGGAGUUCAACAAUACCAAGUCUUGA